AUGGAGUCGUUAAGAGUCCUUAUCGUUGGUGGUGGCAUCGCCGGUCCAGCUCUCGCACACUGGCUAUCACGAGUCGGCGCCAACAUCACCCUCAUCGAACGCUCUCCAAGCAUCCGAGCGUAUGGCCAACAACUCGAUCUACGCGCGCAGGGCGUCCCAAUGAUGAAAAGGAUGGGCAUCGAGGAUGCUAUACGGGCUGUGACGGUUCACGAGUCUGGCACUCAACUCAUCGAUCUCAAGGGCCAGACCAAGGCCUUUUUCCCAGCUGCUCCAAGUGGCACCGGAAAGCAGAGCUUCACGUCCGAGUAUGAGAUCAUGCGCGGUGACUUUGUCCGUAUUAUAUAUGGGCUUACUGAGAAGCGCGAGAAUGUGAAGCAUCUCUUCAGCACAACCAUCGACUCAUUCACCCAAGACCCAGAGGACAAUCCCACCGGCAAGGUUCACGUCAAGUUCCAUGAUGGUCACAACGAGGACUUUGAUCUUGUUGUCGCUGCUGAUGGAACUGGCUCAAGGACUCGAAAGCUCAUGCUUGGUCCUGACGCUCCAGAUCCACGACAUCGGCUGGGAGGCAACAUCGGCUUCUUCAGCGUCCCAUCAAAACCAGGGGACUCAGACAGGAUGACAUUCUGCCAUUUACCCGGAGCCAGCGUAUCUCGCAUCAUCGGCACAAGAAAAGACUGUCCAGAACUUACGCGCGUGUACAUGCACGUGCGCGGCAAUGACCCUGCCCUCGAUGCGGCACACAAGUCUGGAAAUCUAGCAGAGCUCAAGAAGGCAUGGAGCGAUUUGUAUCAAGGCGGUGGAUGGGAAUGUGAUCGGUUCAUGAAGGCAUUAAGAGAUGCUCCCGAAGCCGACGAUCUCUACUCUACGCCACUUGAAGAGGUCAGACUCCCAGAAGAAUCUUGGUCAAAGGGCCGAGUUGUUCUUCUCGGUGACGCUGCUCACAGCCAGACAGCAAAUGGCUUUGGCUGCACAUUCGCCUUGGUUGGAGCCUAUGUUCUUGCAGGCGAGAUUGCCACUCUCUACAGGAAGGACAUGUUGUCUCCAACAGCAGCAGUGGUGCAGGGGGCCAAGAACUACGAGAAGAGGUAUCGACCGAUAGCCACUUCCAAGUACGGAGGGAAUCAGUGGAUCAAGGCCCUGAUAUCACCCAGGACAAGCUUUGGGAUAUGGUGUCUGCAUUCCUUUGCAAGGGUAGUAUCGUACUUUCAGUUUGAUCAGGGGGCUGGGUUGGAUGCGAAGACAUCGGCUUGGAAGCUUCCAGACUAUCCAGAGCUAGAGGGGAGUGCAGUUGAAGUCAAGUGA